ACGUGGUUAGUCAUAGAUUACUGGUGACAGUCUGAAUGUGAAUCUACGUCAAAAACCGCGCAAUAUUCAGGAAAGCAAGCAUUCAAAAGGCUGUAGACAGUUGGCUUAGUUCGUUUUUCAAGUAGACCGAACCGAAGCAUCAUCGACUAAAUAGAACGCUUGUCAGAAUAUAUGUCAAGACAGGAAUGGCAGUGUCUGAAAGCACAAUCAUUCUCAUCAUCCGAUCCUCUAUUUUUCUUGUUUAUCUAGUCGCUGGAGCAGCAGUUUUUCAAGCACUAGAGCAAGACCACCAGAGACAAUCCUUCGAAAAUAAGCAGGACUUACGAACAAGCAUAACAAACAAGUAUAAUAUAUCAGAGGAAGACGUCCAGACGUGGGCUGAAACGUAUAGGCCGAACUUCCAGGUCAAGGGAGAUGAGGAAUUGGAAUGGAAUUUUGGAAAUUCAUUUUUGUUUGCAGUAGUAACGGUAACUACAAUAGGUUAUGGUAACAUAGUGCCAAUGACAGUCGGUGGUCGCCUGUUCUGUAUAGUGUACGCUUUCAUAGGUAUUCCUGGCACUUGCCUAACUCUCAAAGCCGUAGGAGACAAGAUCUCUGAACUAACGUCUAUCCUCAUCGAAGCCGUCGAGCGACGUAUCUUAAAGAUAAAACGGCCAAAGAAGAUUCAACUCAAGACAACGUUGUUUAAUUUGAUUUUUACGGCGUUCCUGGUGUUGCCCCUCUGCACUGCUAUAGUCUAUGUGCGUGAAGCUAAUCAAUGGACGUACUUCGAAUGUUUUUACUUCACAUUUACGACUUUAACAACGAUUGGUUAUGGCGACUUUGUUCCCUACUUCGCCAACACUCUGGAUUUCUUACUAGUCAUCGUCGCAUUCAUUGGUUUGGCUUUUGUGUCUAGUAUUCUAUGCUCGCUGAAUAAUCUGUACGAGGCGUAUGGCAUAAGCGGCAAAGUCGUACGUUCUGUCACUGGCAAAAAGGACUCGGAAUCAGCGAAUCAGUUUCCAGAAGAGAAUGGAUUAAAAGAAAUAAAUGAGGAAGACAAUGAAAACAAUCCUGAAUCGGACCUUAAACUUCUUAAUAAAAGACACUCCAAAGACGCGCUCUCAGGGAAACGAGAUUCAGUAUCAGUAGCUAUGUUUAAAGCAUAGUAUACAGCACAAGAUGAAUGAAAGCAAUCCUGAAUCGGACAUUAAACGUCCUAAUAAAAGACACUCCAAAGACGCGCUCUCAGGGAAACGAGAUUCAGUAUCAGUAGCUAUGUUUAAAGCAUAAUAUACAGCACAAGAUAGAAUAACUAUAAACCUUUUAAGUGUAACCUCAAUCAAAUGGUAUGGAAAAACUGACUUCCUGGUCCACAAGAAAAAGCAAUAGACCCCUUGCAGUACGUCGAAAUGCAGCUAAAUUUUUGAGGACAUAGCAAUAGGUUCCAAUGCUCAGGAGAUUGAAACUAUUAUGUUUUGUCCUCCAAAUUGAGUUGCUUAUGUCCAAAGACCUGAUUGACUCAGUUGGAAGUAAAAUCAUUGGGAAAAAGUUUCGCGUUAUGAUCCUAGCGGUUUUUGUUGGCAGUUGGUCCCGGAAAUACGCCACAACUUAAAAAAUGUCUUGGAAAUUAUUCUUUAUUACUGCUUUUGAGAAGCCAACAAUAGGGUUUAUCAACGACGACAUUUCCAGGAACAGAAAAAGRAAAAAAAAUAGUUGCAGCUGAAAUUCCGCUAUAUAUACACGUGCAACAAUUUUCUUUUUCAAAAAGAAAAGUUGUAUUCAUAGAACUGAAAAAAACUUCCAUUGGUGUAAGACUUUUGGUGGUUUACUGUUGAUAACCACUUAGUCUGGUAUUUGUGUGGACGUGGCGCAGGCUAUUGAUUCCCAAACUUAUGGCAAAAGAUUGAUCAAUCCAGGGUGUCUGUGAAGAAACAAGAUUUUUCGCAAGCAUCGCCAAUAGCCCUUUCACAGUUCCCUGCGCCAUCUUGAAAGGUAGCCGUGCCUUUGCAUCGAAGCGAGACGAACGGUGAGCUUACAAUG